AUAAUUUCACCAUUCCUUUCAGAUGAUUUUUUAUUCCUUCGAUUCUCUUUUGUUCCUUCUGAGGAAACUAUAAAACCAGGAAACUUGAAAUUAACAAAAUACUAAUUAUAAGAGAAAAGGAGAAGAACAAUGGCAUGGUCUCCAUUUUCAUCUUCUUCUUCUUCUUCUUUUACCAGUCAUCUCUGCUGUUCACUCACUACUACUCCUCACCUUAAUCCAACAAAUUCCCUUUUCAAAACCUCCUCUUUACCUCAUAAUUUGUUCCAUCACCACUCAAUUAUUCACAAACGAAAUGGGUCUCAACAAUCACUGCACCUACGUAGAAUUUCUUCCAAGAAUCAUCUCCACCUCAACUCCCGCAGCAAAAAGUUCAUUUCUUUUUCAAAAACCAAGGCCACUGAAUCCAGUCUUGAAGAGCAACCAUCAUCAUCAGAACAACUAGACUGUGUGGGAACUGGGCUAGACGUGGAGUGUGUAGUGAACCCAUCUGAGCAAUCGUCCAAAGACUCAAACUUUAAGUUUCAAAAUGUUGAAAAAGAUGAAGGGGUGUCGUCUUUGGAGUUGCUUGGGACAAUAUGGGAAUGGGGUUUGCUAAUCUCGCCUUUCUUCUUUUGGGGUACAGCUAUGGUAGCAAUGAAGGAGGUUUUACCAAAGACUGGCCCUUUUUUCGUUUCAGCAUUUAGGUUGAUUCCAGCUGGUUUCAUGUUGGUUGGUUUUGCUGCUUUAAGGGGUAGGAAUUUCCCCUCUGGGUUCAAUGCUUGGCUUUCUAUUACACUCUUUGCUCUUGUUGAUGCUGCUUGUUUUCAGGGAUUUCUUGCAGAAGGACUUCAGAGGACAUCUGCUGGCUUAGGCAGUGUGAUAAUAGAUUCACAGCCUCUGACAGUGGCUGUGCUUGCAGCUUUGUUAUUUGGUGAGUCCAUAGGUUUUGUUGGAGCUGCAGGUCUUGUGCUCGGGGUGGUGGGCCUUUUACUUCUUGAGGUACCUGCUCUUUCAGUUGAUAAUAGCAACUUUUCACUAUGGGGAAGUGGAGAGUGGUGGAUGCUUCUGGCAGCACAAAGCAUGGCUGUUGGCACAGUAAUGGUCCGUUGGGUUUCUAAAUACUCAGACCCAAUCAUGGCUACUGGAUGGCACAUGGUUAUUGGUGGACUCCCUCUGGUGGCUAUCUCCAUUCUCAAUCAUGACCCUGUGCUUAGUGGGAAUUCUAUGGAGCUUACAGCAACUGACUUGUUGGCUUUGCUCUAUACCUCAAUCUUUGGAAGUGCCAUAAGCUAUGGUGUCUACUUCUACAACGCAACAAGAGGUAGCCUGACAAAGUUCAGUUCCCUUACCUUUUUAACUCCAAUGUUUGCUUCCAUUUUUGGGUUCCUAUAUCUAGAUGAGACAUUCACACCCGUGCAACUAGGUGGAGCAUUUGUCACAGUGGCUGCAAUUUACUUGGUUAACUACAAAAGUGAUACCAAAUGAUAUAGUCAACUGUUGAGUUAUCCUCCUUGUGUCUGGAGAGAGAAGAAUGCUCAGCAGCUUAAUUUCUCCAUUUUGCAGAAAAUACAUACACUGUAUAGAAAAGAUAUCAAGAUUAUAUAUCAAGCGCCUGCAACUGUAUACCAUAAUAGCGUGAAGCUGGAACUUGCUUGGAGGUGGUUUCCCAACCCAACUGUAUACCAUAAUAGCGUGAAGCGUGAGCUUCAAGAUGCGUAUUAUACUCAUUAGGUGUAGACAAAACUUUUCUUGGAUAAAAUAUCCAGGACUAAAGCUUUUGUAACUGUUAGAUUCGUGUAGAGAAUGCUUGCUGCUACCACAUUAUGUGAAACUGUAUAAAUGUGAAACUCCACUAUUUAGCCUC